AUGGCUGCAGGUCCCCGUGACCAUUUGCACCAGGUCGAUCAGCGUGACUAUGACCACGACCAGCAUUUCCAACAAUCCCGACAUUUUCCUCACUCGCGUUCUUCGUCAUUGCACACUCGCUUCGAUGGCCCCACAGAUGAAACACUCAAUCUAACCACCAAACGCUCCUUAUUGCACCGCGCCCGGCGCUCCGUCCUAAGCUUCAGCUCACCCAGCCCCCGAGCUUCUGAAUCCCCUUAUGCCCCGAAGAGGCCCAGACAAGACGAAUCACAUCAAGAUCGCCCUGAUGUGAAGAGAACCAUGCCAUCAAGUCUGGCUGAUUCUGGAGCGACCAGAACCCUAAAUGACAAUCCUCGCUUUCUAAACGGCCCGCUAAAUGGUACACAUCGGGGGAUCGAGGACAAGUCCUCGAUGGACGAGGGCCGCCCAAAGAACGAGGAUGUGUUCCUAAAUAUUGCGAGAACCGAUUCUGCCCGUCGCGACUCGAUAGGUCGCUCGGAUUUUAGACGGUCACGGCUUGGUUAUUCUAGCCAAAGCUUACGGUCGCCAACGACUGAACCAACUCCCUCACCCGAUCAGCGAUAUAGCCAUCUCGACAACCCCUUGCAUUUCCAAUCCGAUUCCCCCGCUACUCCCUACAGCUCCCUCCACACUCCGGCGUCAUCCACCCAUCCUCUGGACGACCCAAGUCGCUUCCGCUACAGCAGCUUGGGAUCUGGUGCGCGAUCCGUUGUCGGCGUUCCACGAAGCCGCUUCAGCCGCACAAGCCCAGAAUCUUCACCGCGCACACCUUCUGCUGCUGAGGAGAAAGAGCGCCGCUCCUCUCUAAACGAUCCGCGCAACAAUCGCCUUUCGGGACUGUCUACAAUCAGAACCAGUCGGCAACCGUCUGCCUCGGAGGUGACUGGGCGACCGCGCGCCGAUACAGACCGAUCGCGCGCUGAUGGAACCGAGUCGACCUUGUCCACCACGGCCCCAUCCACUGUCUGGGACGAAUUGGAUGAUCUCAAAGAUCGGAUCAAGAAGCUGGAAAUGACUGGGAAGCUACCUCCAUCGUCUUCAGCGGCGAUGUACACCCCUACCAAUGAGAGACCGCGGACGGCAAACACGGCCACUACCACCUUAUCCUCCCCACCGAAACAACGCCGCAAAGUCAGCGACUCAACAGCAGAGACGGAACAUAGCCCGGUGCAUCCGAUUCUGCAAUCCGCACUGGCCAAGGCUAAAGUUGUCUUGAGCGGUGACGUGUACACCUCCCUUGAAGCGACUAUUACCGAUGCUCUAAACCUUUCCACCGCGUUGGGCGUCAAUACCGCUCCGUCGGGCACCGCUUCUGUUGUGAAUGGAUACACCUCACCUGAACGACAUGCUCGCCGCAAAGCGGACAGUGUGUGCCGCAGCCUGACCGAACUCUGCCUAGCCUUGACGGAUGAGCAACUAAAGAAUACCCGACUUUUGUCGAGCCGCGAGACAGGCGUGCAGCCCCAAUUAUCGAAUGGCACCGGGGUUGCUCGCUUGUCGAUACCACUGUAUCAGCGAAAUGCGAGCCUGGAGCCUGAAGGAGUUGAACGGCGCCAUAGCACGACUCGUAUCUCCAGUCGCCUUGAUGCACGUCGAGUGUCCAUGGCCAAUUCCAGCCCUGGAAACACGACAGAUGUGAAACAGAGUCCAACCCAAUCUCCCGGCAUGUCUAUGCCAGCCAGUCGUCUCAAUCGCAUGCCGAGUUCCCUCCGCAGCCGCAGGCUGACAAUUGGCGAGGAGAACGGAGGGACUGAAAGCCCACCUAGUCCCUCGGUCUCCAGAGCCAAUACAGAGGUUGGUAUCUCACUUCCGACGCAAGCCAUACCCUCUCCUCGGCAACGAUUCUCCCAAGGUCACACUUUGUCCCGCUCCAUUUCCGGUAUGCAGCAGGACCAGAGCGGCUUCGGAUACCCCCCUCGCUCCCCACAAUACCAACCCUCCCAAGUCCCUCAGCCGCAGGUGCAGUUUGCACAACCUCGGACACCGACUCUCUCAUCCAGUCUCUCCUUCCGCCGAAGCUACUUGAACCCUGCUACGUACCCUCCUGCGACAUCCCGCUCCAACAUCCAGGCUGGGUCUCGCCGGUACGGCCUCACGCCCAGCUUCUCUUCCAACAAUUUACAUGGAUCUCCUGUCGAAGAAGGUCUGCGUUCGUCUCAACUGGAACCUUCCCAAACCCGGAUCUCGACUCCAUCGAGCAAGAUGGCAACCAGCUACACACCAAUCCAACCUCCACGACUGCGAACGAACAGCUUGGGAGCACGGAGAUUUGGUCUGCGAAACCGUGCCCCGGCCACCCCCAACAAUGUAAGCCUCGACGACAGCAUUGAUUAA